AUGGCUAACUCUAAAACUGCUAUCUUGUCUGUUUACGACAAAACCGGUUUGUUGGACUUGGCCAAGGGUUUGACUGCUGCUAACGUCAGAAUCUUGGCCUCUGGUGGUACUGCCAAGUUGGUCCGUGAGGCUGGCUUCCCUGUUGAGGACGUCUCAUCUAUUACUCACGCUCCUGAGAUGUUGGGAGGCAGAGUCAAGACUUUGCACCCAGCCGUGCACGGAGGUAUCUUAGCCAGAAACCUCGACAGCGAUGAGGCUGACUUGCAAGCUCAGGGCAUUGACAAAGUUGACUAUGUUGUUUGCAACUUGUACCCAUUCAAGGAGACUGUAUCCAAGGUUGCUGUCACCGUUGAUGAGGCUGUUGAGGAGAUUGACAUUGGUGGUGUCACUUUGUUGAGAGCUGCUGCUAAGAACCACGCUAGAGUCACCAUUUUGUCUGACCCUAACGACUACGCCGGCUUCUUGGAGGAGUUGAAGAAGGGUGAGAUCUCUCAGGACACCAGAAACAGAUUGGCUUUGAAAGCUUUCGAGCACACUGCUGACUACGACGUUGCCAUUUCUGACUUCUUCAGAAAGCAGUACUCUGAGAACAUCUCUCAAUUGCCUUUGAGAUACGGUGCCAACCCUCACCAGAAGCCUGCUCAGGCUUUUGUUCCUCAGGGCACUUUGCCAUUCACUGUUUUGGCUGGUUCUCCUGGUUACAUUAACUUGUUGGAUGCCUUGAACUCGUGGCCAUUGGUCAAGGAGUUGUCUGCUUCCUUGAACUUGCCUGCUGCUGCCUCUUUUAAGCAUGUUUCUCCUGCUGGUGCCGCCGUUGGCUUGCCAUUGUCCGACGUGGAGAAGAAGAUCUACUUUGUCGAGGACAUUGAGAACUUGUCUCCAUUGGCCAACGCUUAUGCCAGAGCCAGAGGUGCCGACAGAAUGUCUUCUUUCGGUGACUGGAUUGCAUUGUCUAACAUCGUUGAUGUUCCAACCGCACAAAUCAUCUCCAAGGAAGUUUCCGACGGUGUCAUUGCCCCAGGUUACUCCGACGAGGCUUUGGCUAUCUUGAAGAAGAAGAAGGGUGGUAAGUAUUGCAUCUUGAAGAUCGACCCUAACUUCUCUCCUGACACUCUUGAGUCUAGACAGGUGUACGGUAUCACUUUGCAGCAAAAGAGAAACGAUGCCAUUAUCAAGGGCUCUUCUUUCAAGGAGAUCGUCUCCAAGAACACCGACUUGACCGAGCAAGGUAUUGUGGACUUGACUGUUGCCACUAUUGCCUUGAAGUACACUCAGUCCAACUCUGUGUGUUACGCUAAGAACGGUAUGGUGAUUGGUUUGGGUGCCGGUCAACAAUCCAGAAUUCACUGCACUAGAUUGGCUGGUGACAAGGCCGACAACUGGUGGUUGAGACAGCACCCAAGAGUGCUUGGCUUCAAGUGGGCUAAGGGUGUUAAAAGACCAGAGAAGUCCAACGCUAUUGACUUGUACGUUUCUAACCAGAUUCCAAAGACUGAGCCAGAGAAGUCCGAGUUCGAGUCCAAAUUCGCUGAGUUGCCUGAGCCUUUGACUGAGAGCGAAAGGGAGGAGUGGUUGGCCAAGUUGGACAACGUUGCAUUGUCCUCUGACGCCUUCUUCCCAUUCCCAGACAAUGUGUACAGAGCUGCUAGAUCUGGUGUCAAGUUUGUUGCUGCUCCAUCUGGUUCUGUGAUGGACAAGGCUGUCUUCGCUGCCGCUGACUCCCAGGACAUGGUUUACGUUGAGAACCCAAUCCGUUUGUUCCACCACUAA